CUAAUGUCCGAGUAGUCGCUCCAUAAGAUUCCCCACCCACACACAAAUUAGGGUUUUUUCUCCACUUAUUUCUUUUCUUUUUAAAAACAUUAUUGCGUAGAGAAAGAAGGAAGUCCGAAGAGUAGCAAACCCUUCGAUUUUCUAUCUUCAAUUCGGCUUCCUUCUUUCUCCAGUGAGUAAACUUUCAGGCGAAAACAAUGGGAAGAGGAAAGUUCAAAGGAAAGCCUACUGGCCGUCGCCAGUUCUCCACUCCCGAGGAGAUGAUUGCUGGUACUUCUGCUCGACGUCCUCGCACGUUUAGGCAGGAAGAGGCUGAAAUUGAGGAAGAAGAGAGAUCUGGGGAGUCUGAAGAGGAAUCUGAAGAAGAUUCUGAUGGAGAGAAGAAGAAAGGUACUCAGGGUAUCAUUGAGAUUGAGAACCCCAAUUUGGUCAAGCCAAAGAACGUGAAAGCUAAAAAUGUUGAUAUUGAGAAAACAACUGAGCUUUCGCGACGUGAAAGGGAAGAGAUAGAGAAACAGCAAGCUCAUGAAAGGUACAUGAGGCUGCAGGAACAAGGAAAAACGGAGCAAGCUAGGAAAGAUUUAGACCGCUUGGCUCUCAUACGUCAACAAAGAGCAGAAGCUGCAAAAAAGCGAGAGGAGGAGAAAGCUGCCAAAGAACAGAAGAAAGUGGAAGCUCGCAAGUAACGAAUAGUACCAUGAAAUGUUGUUUUCAAUUCUCCUAGUACAAGAUAUAUCCCUACCAUUAUUGGCUAAUGAUGGAGUUUACACUUCCACCUUGCGUUCAUGUCAUCGUCUAGUUUAAAUGGAGAAGAGUUCAUGCUAUAGAGGAAAUCAUGAAAUUAUACUUUUAGCUCUGAUUCUGUAUACAAAAUAGAUUUGUUUGGCCAAUAUCAUGGGAGGAUUUACCGGUCCUUUUGCUGGGUUAAAAUAAGUUUAUUGCGACUAAUUAAAUAACUAUCUUACAGUGUUA